AUGAUGUCUGACGAUUCAGAUGAACGCGGUAUCAUCAUGGAGGGCCCCUCCGAUCCGGACGCGCAGGCCACUGUGAGCGAUUUUAUUGACUAUACCGAAUACCUCCCGUCGGACCUUGUCCGUUCCUUAACCCUGAUACGCGGCCUGGACGAGACCUACCUGGAUGCUGCAGACGCAGUACAUGAGCUUACGAAGAUUUAUGGACAAUUACCCAACCUACCAGCGGAUUCGCGUCCUAAGCCAGUCGUUCUACGAAAGCAGAUAUCAGAACAAUUAGGGCGCGCGAUGAAUGCCCGAGAAUCCGCGUAUGCAGAAGCAUGCCGCCUUUACGAUGUAGUUGAUCGGUAUUUUGAUCGCCUUGGGAGCAUCAAAUCCAAGUUGAAUGCGCUAACGAGUACCUGUACUGCGAUUUCCCGUGACGUCUCUGCCUCUCCCGGCGCUGAAACAUUACCAGAAACAACGCAACGACCAAGAAACGGCCGUAAAGCUGGCAAGACACCCUCUGUACCAAGGAUAACUUUGCGCAUCGAUGGAAGCCGGCAACCUGCGGCAUCCUCAACCGUUGCUGGGAAACGAGGACAAAAAGGGAAGUCACAGGGCGCGGCGACCCGUGGUGGCAAUCUUGCCGUGCGAGAUCCAGACUCACCUAUAGCCAGCACCGAGCAAUCCGAGGAAGGAGUUGAACUCGGUUCAUCGCGUGCUGCUGAAGCAGCGAAGCAGCUCGUUCCCUUAAAGAACAAGCGGGAGUCCAAAAAGCAGAAGCGUGGGAUGAGUCGUCGUAUCUCUCAGCCGCGACAUUCCAGUGGAAAUGUGCAGAUGAAUCGAAUCGAUACUUCUACAAGUAACGCAUUGGCAUUGCUAAAACCUCCGCCGGAAGAUGCGAAAAUCGGAAGCGAAUAUUUCCCGUGGCUCCGGUUAACCGAAUGGGAAAUGACCAAGCUUCGAAAGAAGAUGAAGAAGAAUAAUGUUUGGCAACCUAGCGAAAUUAUGAUCCACCGAGAGCUUGCGCUCCGUGGUCGAGGAUGGGAAGGCUACAGACUGGCAAAGCUGAAUGCUGAAACAACUGGUGCGGAGUUUGUAGACUGCGACGACAUAGCGAACAAUUAUAUUCCAGGAAAGCUCGUCCUAAAAAGUGAAGUAAGCGCGGAUGUAUCAGGGGUGGAAGAGACUAAACUGAGUAACCGAGGUAUGAAACUGAACGAGGCGAAGAAGCUGAAACGCGAAAACCUUGCACGGGAACAGGCGGCUCUCGCUGCGGUCGAAGCGGAGAUGGCGGCGAGACGACUCGGGGACAUCGGGUCUACAUUUAAAAGCCUGUUUUCCAGCCCUGCAGAACAGAAUCUUCACAACGUUCAAUCUGGACUUUUAGGUACAUCUUUCAAAGCUAACGGUCCUAUAGUAAAGGAUAGGCCAAAGGCGCCAAAGCAAGCCACUAGGAAGAGAAAAUUUGAGGAGGCAGCGGCUUUAGAAUCAUCGCAAGAUGUUGAAUCUCCAGCCGCUGUCUCCUUAGUCACAGCCAAACCGUCAAGUAAAAAACGCAAGCUGAGCAAGUCUGCUUCUACAAGUACCAUUCACCCAUCUGGAGACGAACCUUUAAUGGAAAGUGUAGCUACAGCUAAAGGCCGUCGAAUUUCCGCUGUUGCUGGCCCAUCGGCAGCCUCAAAAGUAUCACCACGUGCUCCGUCUCCAACUGAUCUACGUCGAGCAACAGGGCCUGCGACAUCCAAGCCCCUCCCUACUACAACGCCACCUACCACACGAGCAACGUCCCGACCGCGUUCCGCCACUGGAGCUCCUGUGGAAGCGACCGGUCGUGAUCGACUUCGAAGGAAGAGUGCUACCCCGGCAGUGGCUAAGACCACACCUGGAGCAGAUCAACCUACCGGCACGACUGCGGCUGGUCGCCGUAGCAAACGCCCGGCGCCAGGACCCGUAACGUCUGGCCAGGAUGGCGGCGCCGCCGUAAGUGUGGGCCGCCGCAAAGCCAAACCAGCAGUCAAGAAAAAGCGGGAUCAGGGCCAAAGGGUGGGUUCCCAGCCUCCCAGGACCGAGGAUCUACGGGUCGACGAAGACGGAGUACUGGAAGAGAUCGAUCCGAACGAGCCAAGAUAUUGUCUGUGCGGAGACUGUGACAAGGAAUGGUUCCAUCUCGAUUGCGUCGGCCUCACAGAAGUCCCAAGUCGGACGGCGAAAUGGUAUUGCCCAGAAUGUCGGAAAAAACUUGGGCGAGCGGCGACGGACGGCAUAGUACGAAUUGGCGGCGGGCGGCCCAUUGGAGACACAAUGGUUUCCCUUACCAGCUUUGACAUUCUGACACUCGAUCCUCAAGCACCGAUAUGGAACUUUGUAUCCAUGGUUGGAUUCAAUCCUCCCUUGUGCCCGAUAACGCCACAACCCCCAGCGUCGACAAAACUUGUGACCAUACUCAUACUCUUCUAUACCCAAAUUCAAAAAGCGGAACAAAUUCGUGUACUUGUUCAUCUGGCGGCGGUAGUAGCUGCGGUUGCACAACAUGCAAAUAAGGGGAAACAGCAGUAAUUAAACUCGGCAAUUUCGCGCACAAUAUAACGACUAAAAGGUAGCCAGGGGGGAAAGAGGUUUCUGGAAUGACGCACACGUGUCUAUCGCUGUAGCAAGCAUGGGGAAUUUGCGUGAUGAAUGUGCAACGAUGUUGAUUGGGUGGCAUUUUGUGCGUUUAUAUAAUUGAAAUAUCUAUAUAUACGUAUAUACAUAGGUAUUCUGAUAUCUUGUGCACUGUGUUGCUGGCAAAUGAACGUAUGACAUUCCAUCAUCAC